UUAGGGCAUAUUCCCUCGCUUGAAAUAGCUUUGCGCAUGCGAUUAUUAUCUAUUGCUUUACCCCACCUGUUUCGUUGCUCUUGCAACUCCACACUCGUGCUCUCAACAGUGUUACGUGAACUCAUAUUGGCUAGGCCGUGGGUUGGGGAUAGCAAAGCCCACCAUGGGAUGUUGCGCUUCCCGUCCAAGCGACGAUAGCCCACCAGCCGUCCAAGGGCAUUCUUCCUCGCACAACAUUACCGCCCCCUCCACGCGACCAAGCUCCAUACCCUCACCGCGCGGGUCGCAUGCUUCUCAAGGCAAUUUUCAGACAUUGCGCAGCCGACAAGAUGCCAACGAUCGCCCGAAUACGCCCCUCAAGGCAAUUUCUGCAGACCAGCGCUCGCGACUGCCCAACACGCUCGCCUCACCGUCCGCAAAGAGCAGAGGGCGCGUCAAGCCUCUGACUGACUCGACGAAUCUUACAUGGACGCGACCGCGACUAGACAAGGAGCGCCAAGAUUGGUGGGAUACACAAGUAACCGGCUCGCAGGAGAUAUGGGGCGCGAUAAGGCUUGCGGCACAGUACUUGCAGGCAGGAGAGCUGCAGGAGGCGCAAACAAUGCUCGAUGCGACGGGGUGUACAUGUCCUACUGGACUCCUGUGGAGAGGCGUAUACGAUACCACUGGUGUCCAGUACAAGGUACCAGAAUGGGUGGUGGUGGAGCCCGAUGGCCUGUUGGAGGGGGUUGAGACACAAGGCGGGGCUGCCACCGGAGCGACAAGCGCUGCUGCUCAAAUUGAUGAAACAGAAGACUCCGAUGGAGAGGACGAGGAUGAUUUCAAGCUUGUCCGAGUCCGGGCCAGCUAUAACCAGCGGGACGUCCUGGUCAGUAUACGGAGGAAAGAGACCAUCGCAUCGGUUAUUGAAAAAGUCAAGAAGCAAGUCGAGCUUGAUUUAUACUCCAGAGUCCGGCUUGCCUAUGGCGGACGCUUAUAUCAAGACUACGAAACUCUCGAGUCCCAUCCGCACUGGGACUACGCCAACGACUUCGUCCUUACCGCGCUGGUCCUUCAGUAAUUUCCGCUCAUCGUCCAUACUAAGCCUCCGAUCCCCGACCAUUUUACCCAUUUUCCAUAGUAGCCUAUUUAGUCAUACGACACCCGCCACAUUUUCUUUUUUUUCCCUAGCAUCGCAAGCGGAGACGGAGUAUAUUUGGGAGUCGGGCGUUGAGGAAGUUGGCUUUUUAAGCUCGAUUUCGUCGCCCGCUGCAUCUAGGUUGUCCCCAUCGUAAGAGUUGUCAUCAUUCAUUGCACACAGGGAGUUUCUUUCUUUCAAUUCUACUCGCGACUGGUAGCAUCUUAGAUACCCCCCUUUUCUUUCAUCAAACCCACGUCUGAACAGGCGAUGGGUAUAUUUUUAAUCAUGCCGGCCUUCUAGGGUCGUUGCAUCUCACCUCUUCGUUGGCGGCAGUAAUGCGGAUUAGAGACCUGGAGAGCAUAGCAUGCCGUAGCUAAUAACCGAUAAUCACAUUUCACCACUCUAGAUUUGCCUCAUGCCAUUAUUCUA